AUGCAGCCGACGAUAUGCGGGAUUGGCGGCGGUGGGGAUGGCAGCAGCAGGGUGCGCAUAGACGCUCGCUUUGGCUUGUGGGGUCGCGGCGCGGGCGGCGGGAUGUCGAGGGCUCUUGGUGAGGCCGAAGACGCUUCUGAACGACCUCAGCUGGGCCGACUGCAUAGCAGGGGGUUGACGCCGGGCGGCGACCGGCCGACCGAGCUGCGUGCUUGCAUGGCGGCUGAUACGGGGCGGGCAGGACCGUCGAGAGUCUUGUCGGAAGGGGGUCAAGCCACGCUAGGUGUGGUUGGCGAAGUGUUGAGUGCCGAGCCCAUCCGGGAGAUCAACAUGUUCUUGAUUCUGGAGCUUGCGAGGCCGGCAUUCAUUCCGUUUGCUCAGGGGCAGGGAAAGAAGGGCAACGGGAAUGCCGCUUUAUGCGACACAGUAGUGACUUGGAAGCGCAUGGUUCUGGAGAGCUGCCGGCGCCCGGGUUGCACGCGCGCAGGAUUUGUGUGA